AUGGCUGACCCACGGGAGACACCACGUCUGGAGAGUGAAGAAAUAGAAAUGUCAGUCCUCCAGGGGGGCUUCAACCGCCAGGAUCCGGGGAUACCUCCGCCUCUUCCCCCCGAACAGACCCGGACGGAUCCGUCCUGCCGCCCCAAACAGACUCAGGGGCUACCGUCUCGUCAUUCCGGACAAAUUCCGGAGGAUCCGACUCGCCGUUCUAGACGGAGGGGUGGAAGAACGACCGAAAAGGUACCGUCGCGUCACACGGAAGAGACCCCGGGACUACCGCCUCGUCCCCCCGAACAGGCUCCAGACGAACCAUCGGUGACGCCGAUCCGCCCCAAACAGAGAGACGGGAGAACGGCAGGCGUGUACCGGCACAGGCUACGGGAGGAAGACCUCGUCAAGCUGCCGCUGAACCCGAUGUACGGGGCAGAUCUAGAUCUGCCGUCAGAAUCCGAUGGAAGUGACCAUGACCAACAAACGACUCCCAAAGAAGUGUUUGGGGCGACCCAAGCCGAGAUGACAGCCUCGGGCGGUCCGGCAGACGACAGUCCACCAGCAGACGGCCCCGGUCAACCUCUGAACCGAGAAGUCCGCAGCGCCCGGCCGGUCCUCUCUACCCAGAGGCCAGGAAGAACCACCGGCGGGGCCCAGCCUGUGGCGGCCGCCGCACACGUGUACGAGGAUGGGGACACGUUCAGACAGGGCCUCGGACAACCUCUAAACCGCGACGUUUUCGGAGCUCCGACCAUUCCCAAGUCCCCGAGGCCAGGAGGCCCAUCUGAUGGGACCCAACCUGCGGCGGCCGCCGCACACACGUACGAGAAUGACGACACGUUCAGACAGGGUCUCGGGCCAGCUCUGAACCGGGAUGACAGCCCACCACCUGUCCCCUCAACACCGAGACCCGGAGGACCGCCCGGCGGGGCCCAACAACUGCCGAGCUGGCCACAGAUGCUGCUGAAUCCGCAAGCCAUCAUCAAUCAGCUGCAGCCGAACGCCAUGUACGACUCCAACGUGAACCACCCUCAAGGCGUAGGCCCAGUCCCGGAGAGUCGCACCAUUUGGGAACGGUUACGUCAUCACCAGUCCCCCCGCCUGCUGCUGUGCGUCGCCAUAUCGUCCGUUACCAUGGUAACACUGCUGAUCGUGGUGUCUGUACUUCUGACGCACCUCAACUCCCGACCUGACAACCAGGAUUCUCCGGCUACAACUAAAUCAGGACGUAACACCGCUGACAGCACUGCCUGGCGAAGUUCUACUGCGCUGAUGAAGACCGACAAAGUGACAUCGGCUGAUGUCAUCAAGGUGAGUCCGGUCCACGGACGUGGUCCCUCACACGGCGUCACGGAAGCAGCAGGACCUGGACCAAUCAACAAGCCGGUUUCAACAGGACCUGCACCAACCGUAGAUCAUGACAGCAGGGCCAGCGUCAUCACCUUUGGUGAUGGGUCGGGGGCUGGAAAACUGCGCGGCGCGCGCGGAGUCGCAGUUUCCCCCGACAACAAGAUCUGGGUGGCUGACUACACCAAAACCCGUCUCAGGGUGUACAGCAUGGCAGGCGCCUUUCUGUACGAGUUUCCCCAAGGUGCACCAGGGCUGGGGUACCCGUCGUCAAAGACGCCAGAUGACGUGUCCAUCGACAGAGAUGGUCACCUGUGGGUCUUGAUGAAUGGGUACCCUGCCAGCCCUGACUCCCUGGUGCAGGUGGACAGGGAAGGUCACCUGAAAGUCAAGUUUGACCUCCCUGACACUACACCACGGGGGAUGCACCGCGGAAUGGCCGUGGGCUUGCACAACAACCACGUUUUCGUCACCUGGUCUGACGGUUACAGUGGCGGUGUGCAAGCCUUCCAGCCGGAUGGGAGGUUCCUGUGGGAUGGCCAGCGGCGGAUGAAGAAGCCGACGUACGUCACCGCUACCGAAGAAGGCAACAUCUUCGUCUCCGACGUAAACGCUCACUACAUCUACAAGUUCGAUGAGAACGGGCAGUACAGGUCGAGGUUCGGAGGACCGGGGCUGAGCGGUGGCGACCUGAAUCGUCCUCGCGGCAUCUGUACGGACAGUUCCGGUCACAUCUUGGUGGUGGACUCUGACAACCAGCGCGUGGUGGUGUACACAAGCCGGGGUAGAUAUGUCCGCCACAUCGCCGUCCGUGCUAAACUCCCAAAAGGGGUUGCAGUGGGGCUGGGAGGACAGUUGGUUGUGAUCAACCAAAGCACAAUCACUGUCUUCCCCCGCUACUGAUAAUGAUGCACAAAGAUGAUGGCCCUUGU